AUGUCAAGAGGGAGAUCUGAGCCGAUGAAGGUUGUCUUCAUCAACACACAGUACGUCCAGACAGAUGCUCGGAGCUUCAAGACUGUUGUUCAAGAACUCACCGGUAAGAACGCCAUCGUCGCUGACGGUCCUUUCGAAUUCUCCGGCCAAAGCUACGGUAGCAAAGACUCAUCACCACAAGUUUCCGGAGGAGGAAGAGAAGCAGAAGGAGGUGUAGAGACGACGGAGUUCGAUAGCUUUUUCAGGGAGAUGAUGCCUCCGGUCGGCGAAUUGUAUAAUCUAUGGUCCGAAAAUUAA